AGGAAACAACCGUAGCAGAACGCGAAGAGAUUAGUGUCGCGUCGCUAGUAGGGACUUGGUGUGGCCAGGCGUCUGUCACUUCUACGUAGGAGCGUUUGCCCAAAUAUCACUGCAAAAUGGGAACAGCCGGCUGUAUUUUUUGUCCUACGACCUCGUAUGAAUGUGUUGCGUAAUGCGACCGAAAAGAGUUGCCUUUUGGGGGCUACCUUGAUGUUUUGGGACGUUUUUUUUUUUUUUUUUCUUUUUUAAUGGGAGUAGCUAGUUGCUAGUGCUGGCUAGCGACUGUUCUGGCUACUUGGAACCUAUUUUUGCAAGGAUGCUACGAUGGAUACGACAGCAGCUGGGAUUUGACCCCCCCCAUCAAAGUGACACGAGGACAGUUUAUGUAGCAAACCGUUUCCCCCAGCAUGGUCACUAUAUACCUCAACGUUUUGCUGACAACAGAAUCAUAUCAUCAAAGUAUACUGUUUGGAAUUUUGUCCCCAAGAAUCUGUUCGAGCAGUUCAGAAGGAUAGCCAACUUUUACUUUCUCAUCAUCUUCCUUGUACAGUUAAUGAUUGACACCCCGACUUCCCCAGUCACAAGCGGCCUGCCUCUUUUCUUUGUGAUCACAGUAACUGCCAUAAAACAGGGCUACGAGGACUGGCUGAGACACAAGGCUGACAAUGAGGUGAAUGGGGCUCCUGUGUUUGUUGUUCGCAGCGGAAGCCUGGUCCAGACAAGAUCCAAAAACAUAAGGGUGGGGGAUAUUGUACGUGUGGCGAAAGAUGAGACAUUUCCAGCUGAUCUGGUGUUGCUGUCAUCAGACCGUUCAGAGGGCACCUGUCACAUUACCAGUGCCAGCCUCGAUGGGGAGACUAAUCUCAAGACACACUACUCUACGGCAGAGACAGCUGUAUGUCAGUCGGUGUCCCAACUCGAGACCUUGCAGGCUGUGGUGGAGUGUCAGCAACCAGAAGCUGACCUGUACAGGUUUGUUGGUCGAAUAACAGUGACUCACCAUGGAGAGGACAUUGUCAGACCACUAGGUCCGGAAAACUUGUUGCUACGAGGGGCCCGGUUGAAAAAUACCAAAGAGAUUUUCGGUGUAGCAGUUUAUACAGGGAUGGAGUCAAAAAUGGCCCUCAACUAUAAAUGCAAGUCUCAAAAACGCUCUGCAGUAGAAAAAUCUAUGAAUACCUUCCUAAUCAUCUACCUGGGCAUCCUGCUGUCCGAGGCUGUCCUCAGUACCGUUCUAAAGUAUGCAUGGCAGGCUGAGGACAAAUGGGACGAGCCUUUCUACAACCUAAAGACUGAUCAAGAGAAAAACAGCAGCCCGAUCUUGAAAUUCAUCUCAGACUUCUUGGCAUUCCUGGUUCUCUACAAUUUCAUCAUUCCCAUCUCACUCUAUGUUACUGUGGAGAUGCAGAAGUUCCUUGGGUCCUUUUUCAUAGGCUGGGAUUUAGACCUCUACCAUGAGGAGAGUGACCAGAAAGCUCAGGUCAACACCUCAGACCUCAAUGAAGAGCUCGGCCAGGUGGAGUAUGUGUUUACCGAUAAGACAGGCACACUAACAGAAAAUGAAAUGCAAUUCCGUGAGUGUUCGAUCAAUGGAAACAAGUAUUGGGAAGUGAAUGGCAAACUGGUACCCGAGGGUCAAACUAAUGAUUCACCCGAUGGCUCUGCACCUAAUUUGGUUAGAGAGGAAUUGUUAUUUCUCAAAGCGGUGUCACUGUGCCACACAGUCCAGAUCAACUAUGACCAGCCAGACUGCCUCUCUGCAGCAGGAGACCCAUUCUCCCAUGUUAACGGGUUUUCGUCGAAUGAAAUGGAAUAUUAUGCUUCUUCACCAGAUGAGAAAUCUUUAGUAGAGGCAGCAAAGAGAAUUGGUGUGACCUUUUCUGGUAUCAGUGGUGAUACAAUGGAAAUCAAAAUAUUCGGCAAACCAGAGAAAUAUAAAUUGCUCCAUGUGUUAGAAUUUGAUGCAAACCGCAGAAGGAUGAGUGUCAUACUAGAGACCCCUUCAGGUGGCAAAGUUCUGUUUACCAAGGGAGCAGAGUCAUCCAUUCUUCCUUUCGCCACUAGUGGUGAGAUAGAAAAGACAAGAAUUCACGUAGAUGAGUUUGCCUUGAGAGGGUUGCGGACCCUAGUAGUAGCUUGUCGCCACUUCAGCCCAGAGGAGUAUGUCGAAGUGGACAGGCAUUUGAACAGUGCCCGCACUGCGCUGCAGCAGAGGGACGAGAGACUGCAAGAGGCCUUCAACUACAUUGAAAAAGAUCUGCAAAUCCUUGGAGCAACAGGCGUGGAAGAUAGGCUCCAAGACAAAGUUCAGGAGACUAUUGAGGCUCUGCGUCUGGCAGGAAUUAAAGUGUGGGUGCUGACAGGCGACAAACAUGAGACAGCAGUCAGCGUCAGCCUGUCUUGUGGUCACUUCCACAGAACCAUGAACAUCCUGGAGCUCCUACAGCAACGCUCUGACAACGAGUGUGCCGAGCAGCUUCGUAGACUGGCUAGAAGGAUAAAAGAGGACCAUGUCACACAGCAUGGAUUGGUUGUGGAUGGAGCCAGUUUAUCUUUAGCACUAAGGGAACAUGAAAAGCUCUUUAUGGAAGUUUGUAAAAACUGUUCUGGUGUGCUUUGCUGCCGCAUGGCCCCGCUACAGAAGGCAAAGGUGGUGCGACUUUUAAAAAGCUCUCCAGAGAAACCAAUCACCUUAGCUAUUGGAGAUGGCGCCAAUGAUGUCAGUAUGAUUCAAGAAGCCCAUGUUGGCAUAGGAAUUAUGGGAAAGGAAGGUCGCCAGGCUGUGAGAAACAGUGACUAUGCAAUUGCCAGAUUUAGAUUUCUGGCAAAACUACUGUUGGUCCAUGGUCACUUCUACUAUAUUCGAAUAGCCACACUUGUACAAUACUUUUUCUAUAAGAAUGUGUGUUUUAUCACGCCCCAGUUUUUAUACCAGUUCUUCUGCCUGUUUUCACAGCAAACUCUGUAUGACAGUGUUUAUCUGACACUGUACAACAUCUGCUUUACCUCACUGCCCAUCCUGGUGUACAGUCUGUUUGAACAGCUUGUUCAUCCACACGUCCUGCAGAGUAAACCAAGUCCUAUACAGGUACUGUAUAAAAACAUCGGCAGGAACUCUUUGUUAUCUUUCCGAACAUUCCUCUAUUGGACUAUCUUGGGGUUCUGUCAUGCUUUUGUCUUUUUCUUUGGAUCCUACAUACUGAUGGGCGAAGACACCACACUUAUGGGCAACGGUCAGAUGUUUGGUAACUGGACUUUUGGAACGUUGGUCUUUACAGUCAUGGUCAUCACUGUCACUUUAAAGCUUGCAUUGGAGACUCAUUUCUGGACCUGGAUGAACCAUUUUGUGACAUGGGGCUCAAUAGCCUUCUAUUUCAUCUUCUCUUUCUUCUAUGGAGGAAUCAUCUGGCCAUUCCUGCACACCCAGGAUAUGUAUUUUGUGUUUGUCCAACUGCUGUCCAGUGGCUCUGCCUGGUUCGCUAUCAUCAUCAUUGUCAUAACGUGCCUCUUUCCGGAUGUUGUGAAGAAGGUGUUCUACCGACAUCUGCAGCCCACCAGCACACAGAAAAGUCAGUCUUUAUCAGCCCCCCAGGCCCUCGGCUGUGUGGAGUCCUUGUGCUGCUACCAACAUGGGCGGAGCGGCUGUUCCCGCCUGGUCCACUUCCUGGAGCAAAUGACUGGACGAUGCCCAACCACCAGCAACCAUUGCGACAUGUCCAGCCGCAGCAACAGGUGUUGGACUGACGCAGACAACUUCUACUCCAACGAUCGGAGUGUCCUGACGCUGUCUCCAAUCGAGGUCACCCACUGCUGAGAUGACCCUCCCCCAACACACACACACACACACACACACACACACACACACACACAACAGCUCAACUGGAGCUGCUAGCGAAGCCAAAGGACAGUUGUGCACCUUAAAACCGUUGAAGGUCCUCAGCAGCAUGAGAACAUUUGAGGAAACAACUCUGCUUGAAGGACAUUAAACACUCCAUGAAAAGUACAUUGAGAGUUUAUUCCAUAUCCUUGAUGUCCAGUAAGGUCAGUAUACUAGUAUACUCUGUCCUCACUAGUCGAACAACUGUGUUACUAGUAAAGUUCACCCCCCCCCCCACUGCUGCUCUCCCCUUUAGCGCAUUAUGUGUACUAGUAGUUCAACUACAUGUCGCUAGAGAGGCAAACCUCUGCGCUAGUUGGCUUCUGCACACUACUAAUAAUAAUCAAACGCUUGAUGUUAAUAGAAUUUUGUCACUAGUUGACAUCUGUGCUACUACUCCACUAGAGAAGUGGUAGAUGUUAACUUGUAGAAUUUGGUCACUAAUUAUACUAGUAGUACUAGUUGAGAUCGGUGUCUAACUAGUUAAGCGCAAAACGCUAAAUAGUAAAAUUGUAUAAAGUCAGAAGUAGUACUAGUUGACAUCUGCGUACUAUUAGUGAAGCACUGAUGUUAACUAAUACAUUUUCAGUAGUAGUACUAGUUGUCUGCAUGGUACUAGUACUACCAGCGAAGCACUAGAUGUUAACUUGUAGAAUGUUAUGUCACUGGUAGGACUAGUUGACAUCUGCACACUACUAGUACUACCAGUGAAGACCUUGAUGCUAACUAGAAGAAAAGUGUCACUAGUAGUACUAGUUAACAUCAGUGUUACUCAUGAAACCAUCGGAUGUUAACUAGUAGAAUUUCAUAGUCGCGAGUAGCAGUUGUUGACAUCUAUGGAUUACUGGUACAACCGAUUCGACUGUAAAUUUCUACUUGCCGCAGUAGAAAUUUGUGACUAAAUGUACUAAUUGACAUCUGUGUGCUAAUAGUGAAGCACUAGAUAACUAUCAGAAUUGUAUCAUCUCACCAGUAGCACUAGUUGACAUCUGCGCAGUAUUAAUAAUGUCACUAGUAGUACUAGUUGACAUCUGCGCGCUGCACGUGAAGAUUUGUGCAGAAAAUUCAUACAGCAGUAGAGUCAGUCGUGGAAAAACGUUACUAGUGACACAUUUGUUUUGCUGAAUUGUCUUACUAGUGAAGACAAGAGUGUACUAGUACAUACGGACCUUAAGUUCACACUCUUCCGCACUCCCGUCAGUCAUUUACUGAUCUCAGUGGGACUCCCAACAACGGGAAGCAUUUGAACGAGCCGCCACAGGACUCGCUUGCGUCGCGUCUCUUCCCCAAAGAAAUAUGCUCGCCUAUGUGGCGCCAACCUGCACAUUCAUGUUUGUAAUCAAUGCAUCAAGGGCCCAGCAGUUGCGUCAACAUCCUCUCGUUCCUUUGGACCGCCGCUGCCGGCCAAGCCCAAAUCCUUCAUGUGGACCUCCAUGUCGAUACCAAAGAGAUGCGUUCUUUUUGUGCCUACUUGCACACACGCCUUUGCUGCUUUCUCGUCCUGACUCGGUGUAUUGAUGAAGCCAUAGGUUGUUUUCCACCCAGGAAGCCCCCUUCUAAUUUUUCAAUGAUUGAACGUACUGUAAAUAGAUGGUGGCUGUUAUGUUUGUUGCCUUUUUUUUUUUUUUUCUCCCCUCAGCUUGGCCACAAAAGGCAUCGGUAUAUUUCAACACCGUGAGGCUCCAUCCUUCCCUUCCUUAAUGUCCAAUCAAACGUGGUUCGGAAUGGUCAGACGCCUUCAGUACUCACGGACACUUGACAGACGAAUGUUUCAGUCUAUAAUAAGAGUUUGAACGGCAUCACACGUCAGUCAUCUCCUUCAUUCUUCAGUCAUGCUUUAUUUCCUUUGUCAGCAUUCGUAUGUGUGCGUUUCGUCCCACCUGUUCAUGUUGGUGUGCGUGUGCAAUGGUCACGUUGCUUGUGUUUUGUUUAGGUGUGAAAAUAGAAAACUAAAUCAGGACAUCUGAGUUCAGUAACCCUACAAGACAACCGUUUUAAACUGGCCGUUUUAAACAUGACAAGAGUUAGGAUGUUUCUGUUGCUAUGGUUACUUUUGAAAGUCCAUCUUCUGUUGGAAAACAACCAAAUUGCAGUGUUUCUGCUGUCUGUUCGGUUCUUUUGGUGAAAUGAUUGCUCUCUUGUUUCCCUGUUCAUUUUGUUUGUUCCGUAGCAGCGAUAUAUAAGUGGGAGUUCUUCAUGGCCUCAUUGCAAUUUGAAUGAAACAUUAGGUACGACCAUAUUGUUGAAUUUAACCAAAGUUCUACUUUUCCACGUGUACCUCCGGCCAUGCUGAUCAUUAUAGAGCUUUUCAACCAGUUGACCUCAUUGUAGCAGUGAAAAGCAUUGCAAGAUAGACUGGUUGCAAUCUGCUGUAGUGGAAAGGGCCACGGUGUUUUUUGUUGUUGUUGCACAUAAAGGUCAAUUUUAUGUUUUACGAGUCUGGCAAAUGCUUGUCGUUUUUCUUUUUUAAUUACACCCAGUGGGCUGAACGCUUCGAUAUAUCAACCUGUGAUAUUUCUAAAUUAAAACCAUUAAGAAGCUAAGGCUGUAGUUACUAAAUAUAGUUUGAAUAUACAAAAACAUUCCUUUGAAAGUCAGGUGAAUUAUACAGUGUGUGUUAAAGGUGUUUUUCCAUUCCUCUUUUAUUUUUAAGUCAUCAAGGAGAACAGGAGACUGUUUGGGCACCACAUAAGGAUCCAAAGCUAUUUCUAGGAGUCGAUUAUUCAACCAUGUAACUAAAUGCUUUCACCACACCUGAUCAUCGAUCCAUCUGAAGUGCUUUCUAAUUAACCAGUGAUCUCUUGGUCGUGGUGCAGUAGCAUCUACUGAAGACAAGUAGAAUUAUACGGGAAGGAAUUCCUGUUUUAUAAAUGCGGCUUGCAAUUAUAGUUCCCAUGCGUUCAACGGGGUGGGGUGCCUCUAAUGUGACAUAACAGUGUCAGUGAACCAGAACUGCUCAAUUCAUUUGGGGGGAGAAAUCGAAAUGUCCCCAUCACAAGGGAGGAAUGGGCCUUUUUCAAUUUGUUUUGGAACAAAUUCAGACUUUGCAGGCCUAAGUAUAUAAGAUGGCCACAUGAGAAUGUCAACCAAUCUGUGUUAUGCAUUGUGACACAGCAUGUUAACUGGAAAUCAUGCAAUCCAACAUCACUCCUGUGGACUGUCAUUCCUCUUGUCUGUAAUACUGUCUUACAGCGGUUUAUGAAAAUGCUGUUCUAUUUAUGUAAUAAAUACAUUUUUAAGAAGCA